CGAGAAGAUAGAAAGAAAAUAAAAAAAAUUUUAGAAAAAGGGAAAGAAGAACUCACAACUUAUUCUUUCCGAAGAUGGUGAAGUUCUCGAAGCAAUUCGAGGGACAAUUAGUCCCCGAAUGGAAAGAAGCCUUCGUAGACUACCGCCAGCUGAAAAAGGACAUCAAGAAAAUCCGCGAACAAGAUUACAACAACAACAAAAACGACGACGACGACAAGACUCAUGUUUCUAACAACAAAAUCCGAUGUUCUUUCUUCCCCUCCUUACAAAAAUGCGCUUCUUACAUGCGCAAGAAUCGCGACCACAAAACCAUACAAGUUCAUCGCAAGCUUGCGGGGUCGUCGAGUAAGACAGACUUUUAUGAGACCGAAUUACUCGAGCAAUUCGCUGAUUCUGAUGGGGCCGUUGAGUUCUUCGCCUGCCUCGAUCGGCAGCUGAACAAAGUAAAUCAGUUUUAUAAGACGAAGGAGAAAGAGUUCUUGGAGAGGGGAGAGUCUUUGGACAAGCAAAUGCAGAUUCUUACAGAGCUGAAAAUGGCUUUGCAGAAGAAGUGUGAGAAGGGUUCAUCGUCGUCUUCCUCGAAGGACGAGGAGUCGAUUUCCGGCACGAUAUCAUGCGAGCAGGAGCAGGAGCAGGAGCAGGAGAACUUGGUGGAAGAAUAUAACAAGGAUGAAAUGAAGGUUCUGGAAUCUCCCAAGUCGGGAGAAGCGGCGAAAGCGAGGAAGAAGGUGGACGGAAAGAUGACGUCAUUUUCCGGUGGCAUCGUAAACUGCCAGGGAAAGAACCUACGAAUCAACAUUCCAUUGACGAAUCCGACACGCACCUUCUCAGCCAUUACAUACUUGCUCUGGGACGACAUGGUCAAUAAUCAGUCGUCCUCCAACAAACUCCAUAUCAGCAAAACAAAGCUACACCACGCCGAGAAGAUGAUUAAAGGAGCCUCCGUCGAGCUAUACAAAGGAUUAGGGUACCUUCAAACUUACAGAAACUUGAACAUGCUCGCGUUCGUGAAGAUUUUGAAGAAGUUCGACAAAGUAACUAGCAAACAAGUUCUUCCGAUUUACUUGAGAGUAGUCGAGAGCUCCUAUUUCAACAGCUCGGACAAGGCCAUCAAGUUAGCGGAUGAAGUUGAGGAACAUUUUGUCAAGAAUUUCGCCGAAGAUGAUAAACGGAAGGCCAUGAAAUAUCUCAAGCCGACUCAGCGAAAGGAGUCGCACGCCGUCACAUUUUUCAUCGGGCUAUUCACCGGCUGCUUUUUCGCUUUUUUCGUUGGAUAUGUCAUAAUGGCGCGCCUCGCCGGGAUGUACAGAUCGAAUUCGGACGUAAUGUACAUGGAAACAGUCUACCCUGUUCUAAGCUUGUUCAGCCUCCUCUUCCUCCACCUAUUCCUCUACGGAUGCAACAUUUUCGCGUGGCGAAAGGCGCGAAUAAACUACGCCUUCAUCUUUGAGCUUUCCCCGACGAAAGAACUCAAGUAUCGAGACGUGUUCUUGAUCUGCGCGGCGUCGAUGGCCGCCGUGAUCGGUGUGCUCUUCCUCCACCUCUCGUUGGUCGCGAAGGGCUUCUCGUAUGCGCAAGUUCAGCCCAUCCCGGGACUCGUCGUAAUGGCGUUUGUCGUGGUCCUCGUAUGCCCGUUCGACAUUUUCUACAGGUCUAGCCGCCUCCGGUUUCUGUCUGUGAUAAGAAAUAUCGCGCUUUCGCCGCUUUACAAAGUCGCGAUGCUCGACUUUUUCACGGCAGAUCAGCUCUGCAGCCAGGUCCCGAUGCUCCGGAACCUCGAAUACAUCGCGUGUUAUUACAUCACCGGAAGCUACAAAACGCAGGACUACAACUACUGCAUGAGGACCGGGUACUACCGCGACCUCGCCUACGCCGUCUCCUUCUUACCAUACUAUUGGCGAGCGAUGCAGUGUGCGCGAAGAUGGAUCGACGAAGGGCACGGUAGCCACUUGACGAACCUCGGGAAGUACGUGUCGGCGAUGCUGGCGGCGGGCGCAAAGGUUGCGUACGAGAAGGAGAGCGGCGCCGGGUGGCUCUGCCUUGUCGUGGUUUUGUCGACGGCGGCGACGGUGUACCAACUCUACUGGGAUUUUGUUAAGGAUUGGGGACUUCUUCAGAUCAAUUCUAAGAAUCCUUGGCUUAGAGACGAGCUGAUGCUCCGCCAGAAGUUCAUCUACUAUUUCUCCAUGGGAUUGAAUUUGGUGCUGAGGCUGGCAUGGCUGCAGACAGUGUUCCAUUACAACUUCGAGAAGGUUGAUUACAGAGUGACGACGCUGUUCUUGGCUGCGCUCGAGGUUGUCCGAAGAGGACAAUGGAAUUUCUACAGAUUGGAGAAUGAGCAUUUGAACAAUGCCGGGAAGUUUAGGGCUGUGAAGACAGUGCCAUUGCCUUUUCAUGAAGUGGAUGAACAAGACUGAUUUGAUCUGAUCUGAUCUCACUGACUAAAUUGCAUCAACAAGUGGGCCUAAUCAAGAUCCUCUUUUUUUUUUUUUAGGAUGCAACAACAGCAACAUGUAUUGUUGACUAAUUUGUAUUCAUCCCACAAGAACCAAAAACAGAAUAUUUUGGUUCUUUUACACACAACACAAAAAUAUUGCAUUGUUAUUUGUUAAUGACACUUUCUCUC